AAUUAACGUACACCUUGGGAAUUCAGCUGGUUCCGGAGUUAGGAAGGCAAGAUAGGGUGGGGAGCCCAGUCCGGAGACUAAGGGCCACGGGUGACUCGGAGCUCUCGAAUUGAGCCUUGGCCAGGGGGCUGGAACCACUUUCUAGUCGGCCUGGGGGCGGGGCAGGGUAGAGUGACAGGAGCAGUCGAGAUACGGAAACGCCAGUCCUCCAAGGCAGGCCAGAGCGGCCCUGUCUGGCCAGCGUGGCGCAGUGAAGAGCUAGAGCGGCCGGCGGGAGGAGUAGAGUCGCCUGGGCAGUAGCCUGGCAGGAGCUAGGCUAGAGUGGCUGGCGGGAGGAGUGGAGCUGGAAGCAAAGGUAGAUUUGGGGACAGCUAGAGCGACUCGGAGUUGGGGGUGGGGGACCGGCGCGCCGAGACUUCGGUUCUGGCGGCUGCGGUGGAUACUCCAACGACCAGGAGCAGCCCAGAAGUUGCAGCUGGUGGCCUGGUGAAGGUUUUCCAUCUCGAACGGGAAUACUAAUCGCAUGGGGUGCUUGUGGUUGUGAGCGUUGAGUUCGUAUGUGAGAAGCACUGAGAGCGAUGCCUAGCACACUCCCUGUGGAGCCCAUGGAGGCAGACGACAUUGCCCGCGGGCUGGCCCCGGGACCACCGCGGCCUGGCCUGGUGCCAGUCAGCAUCAUCGGGGCUGAAGACGAAGAUUUUGAGAAUGAGCUGGAGACGAAUGCAGAGGAGCAAAACAGCCAGUUCCAGAGUCUGGAGCAGGUGAAGCGGCGGCCUGCCCACCUCAUGGCCUUCUUGCAGCACGUCGCCCUGCAGUUUGAGCCGGGACCCCUGCUCUGCUGCCUGCACGCGGACAUGCUGGGUUCACUGGGCCCUAAGGAGGCCAGAAAGGCCUUCCUCGACUUCUGCCACAGCUUCCUGGAAAAGACCGCGGUUUUGCGGGUGCCAGUCCCUCCCACUGUCGCCUUUGAACUUGACCGCACACGGCCCGACCUCCUCUCCGAGGACCUCCAGCGGCAGUUUGUGCAGGAGGUGGUGCAGAGCCAGCAGGCCACCGUCAGCCAGCUGCUGGAGGACUUCCGCUCCAAGCGGCUCAUGGGCAUGACGCCCUGGGAGCACGACCUGACCCAGCUGGAGGCCUGGGUGGGGCGGGACCGUGCCAGCUUUGAGGCCCGGGAGCGGCACCUGGCCGAGCGGCUGCUGACCCACCUGGAAGAGAUGCAACACACCAUCUCGACUGAUGAGGAAAAGAGUGCCGCUGUGGUCAACGCCAUCAGCCUGUACAUGCGCCACCUUGGGGUGCGGACCAAGAGCGGGGACAAGAAGUCAGGGAGGAAUUUCUUCCGAAAAAAGAUGAUAGGGAAUCGGCGGUCAGAUGAGCCAACCAAGACGAAGAAAGGCCUGAGCAUCUUCCUGGAUGCUGCCCGCUGGAAUCGGGGAGAGCCCCAGGCCCCAGAUUUCCGACACCUCAAAGUCGAGGCUGAUGCUGAGAAGCCAGGCCUUACAGAAAGGAGGGGAGGCCUGGGGGUGCCCUCCCGGGACCGGAACACUGGAGCUGCCGGGCAGGACAUCCCUGGAGUUUCUCUGCACCCUCUGUCUGGGGACAGCCCUGACCGGGAGCCAGGUGUUGAUGCCCCACCAGAGCUGGGGGACCCGCCCCCGCAGGGCCCGGCCAGCCUGGAGCCCGUGGUGCCCCCGGAGAACACGGAGGAGGGUGCUGAGACAGAGAGAAAGUGGAAGAGGCUAUCGGGGCGUCUGGGGCGCUCGGAGAGCCUGCGGGUGAGUGACCGCCGCCGGCCUUCCCGGGGCAGCCUCGGGGCUAAGGGCCGGGGUGGGGGCCGCUCCCGGAGUGACGUGGACAUGGACCCCAGCUCUGCCACGGCCGUGCUUGGCCCUGCCCGACGAGCCACCCCUGAGCCUGGAGAUGAAGGGGACCCAGGUCGGUCUGGACUAGAGCUGGAACCAGAAGAGCCCCCUGGCUGGCGGGAGCUCGUCCCCCCAGGCACCCUGCACAGCCUGCCCAAGAGCCAGGUGAAGCGGCAGGAGGUUAUCAGCGAGCUGCUGGUGACCGAGGCGGCCCAUGUGCGCAUGCUCCGGGUGCUGCACGACCUCUUCUACCAGCCCAUGGCGGAAGGAGGCUUCUUCCCCCUGGAGGAGCUACAGUACAUCUUCCCCAGCCUGGACGAGCUCAUCGAGGUGCAUUCCCAGUUCCUCGAUCAACUGAUGAAGCGGAGGCAGGAUAGUGGCUACCUCAUUGAGGAGAUCGGAGAUGUACUGCUGGCCCGGUUUGAUGGUGCCGAAGGCUCCUGGUUCCAGAAAAUCUCCUCCCGCUUCUGCAGCCACCAGUCAUUUGCCUUAGAGCAGCUCAAAGCCAAACAGCGCAAGGAGCCUCGGUUCUGCGCCUUUGUGCAGGAGGCCGAGAGCCGCCCGCGGUGCCGCCGCCUGCAGCUGAAGGACAUGAUCCCCACGGAGAUGCAGCGCCUGACCAAGUACCCCCUGCUCCUGCAGAGCAUCGGGCAGAACACAGAAGAGCUGGCCGAACGGGAGAAAGUGGAGCGGGCGGCUGAGUGCUGCCGGGAAAUUCUGCACCACGUCAACCAAGCUGUGCGCGACAUGGAGGACCUGCUGCGGCUCAAGGAUUAUCAGAAGCGCCUGGAUUUGUCCCACCUGCGGCAGAGCAGCGACCCCAUGCUGAACGAGUUCAAGAACCUAGAUAUCACCAAGAGGAAGCUGGUCCACGAGGGCCCGCUGACGUGGCGGGUGACGAAGGACAAGGCUGUAGAGGUCCACGUGCUCCUGCUGGACGACCUGCUGCUACUGCUCCAGCGCCAGGACGAGCGGCUGCUGCUCAAGUCACACAGCCGGACGCUGACGCCCACCCCCGACGGCAAGACCAUGCUGCGGCCCGUGCUGCGGCUCACGUCCGCCAUGACCCGCGAGGUGGCCACCGAUCACAAAGCCUUCUAUGUCAUUUUUACCUGGGACCAAGAGGCUCAGAUCUACGAGCUGGUGGCCCAGACCGUGUCGGAACGGAAGAACUGGUGUGCCCUCAUCACGGAGACCGCUGGAUCCUUGAAGGUCCCUGCCCCUGCCUCUCGCCCCAAACCCCGGCCCAGCCCAAGCAGCACCCGGGAACCCUUGCUCAGCAGCUCGGACAAUGGCAACUGUGGUGGCCGAGAGAUGCCCCCAGCUGACGGCCGCAUGGAGAGAAUCUUCAGCACCCUCCUGCCCUACUGCAGACCUGGCCCUGAAGGCCAGCUGGCGGCCAAGGCCCUUGAGAAAGUGCUGUCCCUGAAGCAACUCCUGUUUCCCUCGGAGGAAGAUAGUGGGGCAGGGCCUCCCCGUGAAGGGGAUGGGGUCCCGGGGGGUGGCCCCCCGAGCCCGACCCAGACCCAGACCCAGGACAUUCAGGAGAAGCUGCUCAGCCUGGAGGAGACCAUUAAACAGCUGGAGGAGGUGGAAGAGGAAUUCUGUCGCCUACGACUCCUCUUGUCUCAGCUUGGGGAAAACCCUGUCCCCCAGCCUGGCUGUACCUGAGGCUCCCUGCCCCAGGCAGCCCCCAGGCCUUCCGCAAGACUGAGGGCCACCCGCCCCCACCGCACAGCUGCCGCAGCAUCUCCAACCCCAAGGGCCUGAGGAGAGGGAGCCAGGUGUGCCUGGGGGGCCCAGCUGGGAUCACUGCCUCCCCCCCAACCUCCCGUUGGCCUUGGCCUUCUCUCCCUCCUGCCUUCUGCUUGGGGGACUCAGGGCUUCAUUCCAGGGCGGACCCACAGUGACCUCCCAUUCCCCGGGCCAGCUCUGUAUUGCCUGGGGUUGGGCCACCCCUCCAUCCCCCCACCCCCAAGUGCCUUUGCUCUGUUUUUAUACCCUGAAUUGGAGGUUUAUUUUUUAAUAUAUAUUACCUAAGGAGA